AUGCCGCGACGGCGGCCACCUCGAGAAGGUCACGUCGUGAAUAAUUUCAAUCUGGUCAUCGUAUUCGCAGUAGCCAUAUUAAUUUUACCAUGGCUCGCCGAUGCUCAGCAGCAGCAACAGCGAUCCGCAGUCCGGCAGCGACACGAAUCACCCCACGAGAACCGAGAGCCUGAAGUGUUACACACCCUCGAAGCUACAAAGGUACCUCCGACCAUCGAGACGCCCCUCAAUCAAGGACGUCGCAAGUAUACACAAAACGAUAGCAAACAUGAACGACCGAGAAACGAUGCGAGCGCCAUCGCAACUUUGGCUCCGGCGGAUCCCGCCGUUGCAGCACCUCCUGCAAGACGGUCCAGCAUUUCCAGUGCUGGGCUCUCCUCGCCGCAUUCUGCGCGGAGUCUUGAGGAUUGGGAAGUAGAAGACUUCGUGCUUCUGGCGACCGUCGAUGGCAAGCUACAUGCCCGGGAUAGGAGGACGGGCGAGGAGAAGUGGGAAUUAUCUUAUGAGAAACCAAUGGUGGAGACAAAGUACCAUCGACGAAAUCGGUCAGAAGUAGAGGAAGACUACGAGUCCAUACCAAUUGAUGACUUCAUAUGGGUGGUGGAACCUAGUCAGGAUGGAAGCCUUUACAUCUACAGACCGCCCGGAGGACCGCAUGCCGGCCUAGUUAAUACUGGUCUAACAAUGAAGAAGCUCGUCGAAGAAAUGGCCCCAUACGGAAACGAGGACCCACCAGUCAUGUAUACCGGCGAGAAGAAGACAGACAUGAUAACUGUUGAUGCCAAUACGGGCAAAGUCAUUAAAUAUUUCGGGCCCCAAGGCGCAAUCGUCGACGGCGAAGGGAAUUGCAUCAACCGAGCGUUUCCAAGUGAAGAAUGCAUGAACCCGACGCUGACAAUUGGACGCACAGAAUACAAAGUUGGUAUACAAUCAAGGAAAGAUGGCCACCAAAUUGCGACCCUGAGUUUCUUCGAGUGGACACCAAAUACUUUUGAUCAAGAUCUCCAACGCCAAUAUCGCAGCACACCAGAUAAUCAAUACAUCUACACAAGCCAUGACGGGGGUAUUAUGGGUCUCGACCAUGGGCGUAGCUCCACGGGUGAGCAAGGUCAAUUCGAACCAGGACGGCUUUUCCGGAAGAAGUUUUCAUCCCCAGUGGUUAGAGUUUUCGACGUAGCAAGACCCUGGAGUUCGGAAAAGAACAAUCCCGAGCUCAUCAUUCUCCCACAACCAAUGCCACCACAUGAUGAUGACGACGUGGCAGCAACAAUGCACCGUACCAGCAGUAUCUUUCUCAAUCAUACCGAAGAUGGCAGUUGGUACGCUAUGUCUGGCACGUCAUAUCCUCUAGUUGUACAAGGAAGUAAAGAGGCAGAGUGUAUGCAACGAGGUUGGAAACAACAUCGACCUGCAUCCGACAUUUUGAGUGAUUGGCAUUUAUCUGAGGCGCUUGUUGGCCUGCAUUCCAUCGACCAAAGGACCGAACAACAGUUGACUCUCUCCUCUGGGUUUUCAGACCAGAAGCAUUCUGAUGAGCUAUAUCCUAAUCAAGAAAUUGAUCUAAUCGACGACCCAACUCUCAUUCAACGACUUGGAACACUACCUGAAAUAGCAGCAAGAAGUCUCAAGGACUUUAUUACAAAUCCACUUUGGUUUCUUCUUCUGCUUGGAUUCAUAGUCAGCAACCAACGACAAAUUCGUGCUUGGGUCGGUCGUGUUUCUGGAAACAAAAAGCUCUCCAAGGUACUUGGCAAGCCAAUCAACAAGGAAGUUCCUGAAGCCGGUCAGCUUCCUAAAAUUGCAGAGAAUGAAGUCGUCGAGAUACCAGCCGCCCAGGAAGCGGUUAAUAUCCCACCUGUUAAGGAUCAAGAUGGGGAGACACCGAAUGCCGAGAUUCCUGUCCAGAAAGAGACAGCAACGGCCCUCGAGACGCCUUCACCAGAUGAUGCAGCACCCACACCAAAGAAGAAGUCUCAUAGAGGCACUCGUGGGGGCGUUAAACAUAAGAAGAAAAAGGCCGCCGCGAAGGAUGAGUCUUCUCAAGACGGGAAUCCACCCAAGGCUCAACCCUCUAUUGAAGAUGCCGUUCGCGAUGCCCAGAAGAUGGGCGAACAGACGAAACUCGAACCUGAUAUUAGAACCGUACCGAAUGACCCUUCGGAGGUAUCUGGGCCUACAAUUAGUAUUGGGGCGCUCACGGUUGACACCGAAAAGCUCAUUGGCACUGGUAGCAACGGUACCAUGGUUUUUGAGGGCCAAUUCGAUGGACGUGAAGUUGCUGUAAAAAGAAUGCUCAUGCAGUUCUUUGACAUUGCUUCGCAGGAAACGAAGCUUCUUAGAGAAAGUGACGAUCAUCCAAAUGUUAUCCGAUACUUUGCCCAGCAACAAGCUGCUGGGUUCCUAUACAUCGCACUUGAGCUAUGUCCAGCAUCCCUUGCAGAGGUUGUGGAAAAGCCACACUUGCAUCGUGACCUAGCGCAAGGUGGCGAGCAAGAUCUUCCAAAUGUUCUUUACCAGAUCACGAAUGGUCUUCAGCAUCUGCACACCCUUCGAAUUGUACACCGUGAUCUGAAGCCCCAGAAUAUUUUGGUUGCGAUGGGCAAGGAUAAAAGACCCCGUCUUCUGGUGUCGGAUUUCGGUCUAUGCAAGAAGUUGGAGGGAGAGCAAUCUUCAUUCCGUGCAACAACGGCCCACGCCGCUGGUACAUCUGGAUGGCGCGCACCGGAACUGCUCUUAGAUGACGAUGUCCACCAAGGGACGUCAAUGGUUGACGCAAGCACUGAUGGCAAUUCGGGCUCAAUUCUUGUCAGCUCAGGCCUAAUGCCCGGUAACAGAAGGGCUACACGAGCCAUUGACAUCUUCUCCCUUGGCUUAGUCUUCUUCUAUGUGCUCACCAAAGGUUCCCAUCCUUUUGACUGCGGCGACAGAUACAUGCGAGAAGUCAACAUUCGCAAAGGCAAAUUUGAUCUUAGCACUCUUAGUGUGUAUGGGAAUUACGGAUUCGAAGCAGAGGAACUAAUCAGCUCUAUGCUCUCCCCCGAGCCCAAAGCACGUCCCACAGCCCUUCAAGUAAUGGCCCAUCCGUUUUUCUGGUCCGCUAAGAAGCGUCUCAACUUUCUUUGUGACGUCUCAGAUCACUUCGAGAAGGAGAAACGUGAUCCUCCUUCCGAAGCCCUACUUGAGCUUGAGAAAUGCGCUCCCAAUACCGUUAGAUAUGACUUUUUAAAGCAUCUCGGUAAAGAUUUUGUUGAGUCGAUGGGCAAGCAGAGGAAGUAUACUGGAAGCCGACUUUUGGAUUUGCUUCGCGCUUUGCGUAACAAGAAGAAUCAUUAUGAGGAUAUGUCUGAUAAGUUGAAGAAGGAGGUCGGGCCUCUGCCUGAAGGGUAUUUGAACUUUUGGACCCACAGGUUUCCGAAUCUUUUGAUUAAUUGCUGGAACUUGGUUUAUGUUCUGGAGUGGGAUGAGACGGACCGAUUCCACGAGUAUUACACGCCGGUUGGGCUUUGA